AUGGUUUUGGAGGACGAAAGCAGCGACGACCAUUCUAGCCCCCCGUACAUGCAUUCUUCCUCCACAGACGGUCUCAACGAGGUUCCUUUCACCAUUGAAGAUCCAGAUUACAAGGGGCUUGAGCUGGAUGUGAUGUCUCCAUGUGAGAAGCACGGCAUGGCAUCUGAGAGGCUUGUUGCCUUUGAAGGAACAGACACAGGCAGGAGGUUUUUAGCAUGUGCACAGCCGGAAGGUAGCAAUUGUGGCUUUGUUGAAUGGGUUGAUCACCAGUGGCCCCCAACAAUGCAGAAUGCAUUGUUGAAGCUAUGGGCAAUGGUUGAAGAUGCCAAAAGUGCUAGGGUGAAUGACAAUCUUGAGAAUUCUUUCACUAUCCACCAUCUGACAGAAGAGAAGAACAAGCUGGAGGCCAACUAUGACAAGCUAGUCCAAGAUGUGCAUGAGCUGAUGAACUUCCAGGAAGAUAAGGUGGUGGAUUUCAGGCAUCUGCAGUCUGCCAUUACAUAUCAGCAGGAGGUAAGAAAAGAACUGACUGAUGAUAUGAAGGCAAAGAUGGCAACUGAGAUGGCAAAGAAAGAUGCAGAGACCCAGCAACUUACUCAGAAGUAUGAGGUGCUGCUCAACCUGACAAGAGCUCAAGCAACAGUCAUUCAGAACUUGAAGUUGAACAAAAUGAAAGAGAAGCAAGUGCUUACUGAAGCUAGUAUGAAUUUGGAGCUGAAGAAUGCAGAGCUAACUAAGUGUCAGGAGAAGCUCACCCAAGAGAAGCUAGAGUUGAAGCUUCAGGUUGCUGAUCUGCUUAAGGGAAAUAAAAAGCAUAUUGAAGAGAAGUGGUAG